AUGUCUUCCAAUGGUUAUACCACAGGAUUGACCCCGGAUACAAAUUUCAGAGAACUACGGAUGCAGAGGUACCUCCAAUUCUGCGACAAUUACGCUAUCCCUACGAAAGGGGCAUUAACAUGGCCGUUGGGGGUCAAAAUUGCCUACCUUUCUGGGCAUGCUUCAUUGGAUGAUGCGUUGGCAAGGUCGUUGGAGGGAUUUGAUUUAGGAAAGUAUGACGAUGCUUGUGCAGACGCCAGUAUGGAUGUCUCAAGAGAUCGCAUUAUUUUCCGUUUUCUGACGGGAGUGUACGAUGACAAGGAUGAGGACGAUGAGAUGGAUGAAAAGAGACACCAGGUUGAAACCGUGGAACAUAAGCGACGGGAAGCAGAAGAGGAAUUUGAACGGGCCAGGGCGACCACAACAACACAAAAGCUGCAAUCUGAAGCACAAAUCUGGAAAAUGAGGAAGAAGAUGUGA